CGCGGGGUUUGAUGGGAAGGAGUUGGCAGGGCCCGUCGCUCUGUCAGGGGCGGCUGCUGCCUUCUCCGGAGGCAGCCUGCGCGGUGGCGGCCGAAGCUGGCAGAGGGAAGCCAGCGCCGGGCUUUGCCCACUUCUUGAAGUGUGAUUGUGAAUUCCUUUGGACAAUUGAUGAUUUUUAUCAUCGUGCCCAGUUUCUACAAGUAAAAGAUGGGUGGAUUAUUUUCUCGAUGGAGGGUAAGACAAAACCUUCAACUGUAGAAGUUCUGGAAAAUAUAGAUAAGGAAAUUCAAGCACUGGAAGAAUUUAGGGAAAAAAAUCAGAGACUACAAAAAUUAUGGGUUGGAAGAUUAAUUCUUUACUCCUCAAUUCUCUAUCUGUUUACAUGUUUAAUUGUAUACUUGUGGUAUCUUCCUGAUGAAUUUACAGCAAGACUGGCCAUGACACUCCCAUUUUUUGCUUUCCCAUUGAUCAUCUGGAGCAUAAGAACAGUGCUUAUUUUCUUCUUUUCCAAGAGAACAGAAAGAAAUAAUGAAGCAUUGGAUGAUUUAAAAUCCCAGAAGAAAAAAAUACUUGAAGAAGUUAUGGAAAAAGAAACUUAUAAAACGGCUAAAUUAAUUCUUGAAAGGUUUGAUCCAGAAUCAAAGAAAGCAAAGGAAUUUGAGCCGCCAUCUGCUGGAGCAGCUGUAACUGCAAGACCUGGACAAGAGAUUCGUCAGCGAACUGCAGCGCAAAGAAACCUUUCUCCAACACCAGCAAGUUCUAGCCAGGGCCCUCCUCCACAAGUUCCAGUAUCUCCAGGACCACCAAAGGACACUUCAGCCCCUGGUGGACCCCCAGAAAGAGCUGUUACUCCAGCCCUAUCAGCAAAUAUGUUACCAAGACGUCUUGGAUCUCCUGGUACUUCAGUGCCUGGAAUGGGUCUUCAUCCUCCGGGUCCACCUUUAGCAAGACCCAUUCUCCCCCGAGAACGAGGUGCUCUGGAUAGAAUUGUCGAAUAUUUAGUUGGUGAUGGUCCACAAAACAGGUAUGCUCUUAUAUGUCAGCAGUGUUUUUCUCAUAAUGGCAUGGCUUUGAAAGAAGAAUUUGAAUACAUUGCUUUUCGAUGUGCCUACUGUUUUUUCUUGAAUCCUGCAAGAAAAACCAGACCCCAGGCUCCACGACUUCUAGAGUUUAGUUUUGAGAAGAGGCAAGCUGUGGAAGGCUUAAGUUCAGUUGGUCCCUUGCCCUCAGGAAGUGUGAUUUCAUCAGAGAACCAGAUGAGUGAAGAGUCUUUAGAAGAACAAGAUAGUCUUGAUAACAGUACAGAGCAGACAGAGGACAACAUAUCAGAUACAGAGCAGACAAACCAAGUGAUUGAAAAAGCAUCUGGUAUGGAAGAACUGGAGAAGAAAGAAGAAAUAGAUAAUGAGGAGGAAACUUCAAAGAAUGAAGCCAAAUCAACAGUUCCUAGAGCUGAUUCUACUCCUAAUCCUGAACUAAGUGGAGAAUCUUUGAUGGCAAUGUAGUAAAUGCUUCCACGCACCUUCAACUGGAUAUUUGUAGUCUUGUUUAUGUCAGUUAUUUCUUUUAGGUGGUGCUUUUUUUUUCCUCUAAGGAUAUGCUUGAUAUCACUUGAAUUCAGAUUGCCUAGCUAUUUCAGUAUGUCAAAGUUAUAUAUACUGGAUAUUAAAACUAAAAGCAAGUGAUAUCAGUAAAGUAAGAUCCUUUUGGAUGUACAAAGAUUCACACUGUUUAGACAGCUUUUAGAAAUUUAUUUUCCAUUCUAAAAGUAAACAAACAUAGCACUCUUGUUUUCUUAUAUAUAUGUGACCUAUAAAUAAUAUCCAUUUUGACAUAGGAAGAACUUUGGUUAAGGAUAAGUUCUAAUAGUGUUUGUUUUAAGGAAUGAAACUCAAUUAAGAUUUUAAUACAUCAUCAUCAUUAAAAAUGGAUAGAAUUUUUACUCUUAAGGUAUUUGCCAGGGGUAAAAUGUCUAUUUAGGCAUUUAUAUUAAGCAGUAUGAAAGUUUUUAACUGUAACUAUAUAGGCAUUGGUACGAAUUCUCAGUUUAAGAAUGCAAUUGAACAGUCAAGUGCAGUGUUUGUUUUCUAUGUCUCUUAUUUUGCAGCUGGGCCAAAAGCACAUGAUGUAUAUAAUUAGCUUAUGUUUACAUAUUAACAUAUAGGAAAUAUUUCUGUACUUGACUGUACUUGAAUUCUGAGCAUUAUUUAUACUUGUAAAAUAAUGAUGAUAUUAUAAGUGAAUUUUUGUGCUCUUGUGUGUAUUUUGUUAAGGAAAAUAAAGAUGAUCUGGCAGCAGUUUCUUUUUGUUAAGUAUGUAGACUUUUUCAGACAGAAUCUUAUGACUUGGCUACCUGACAAAUCUUAGGAAGAAGAGCUUACAGUACAAUAAAUCUAUAGGUACUGCUGAGAGCAAAUUAUGAUACUUUUAUUGAGACUUGUUAUCUUUCAAAUUCAGAGAGGUAAUGACAUUUAGAGGUUCUAAUCAGAGAUUAGGUUUUUCUGAUUCUGGAAAACCAUAAACCAUUUGUAAUUUAAUUUUGAGAGACAUAAGUUUUGUGAGAAUAGGUAGGUAGUUACUGUUAGUUAAUUGGAUUUAAUAUUUGUAUUAAAGAUUAACUGGAAAAAAAUUGGACUAGAAUGGUAAUUCUUGGACCUUAAAUACAGUCUGGUUAUGUUUUAUUUUUCUUCUCCAUUAUUAAAAAAAAAAUUAAAAUCAAGUUGUUAUGCCAAAAGGAGUGAUGAAUAUAUAGGAAUGGUGUGUAUGGCAAAUAUAUCUGAGUUGUAUACAGUUUAUUAAAAAUUUAAUAAAAUAACAUUUUUUGUUAUUUAAAAUUCAUCUUAUGAUUUAAUGUUUUGUAUCUGAUAAGUAUUUUUAAGGAACCCAAUCUGUUAAUAGUCUGAAGCAUCAUGGUAUAGUGACCAGAGUUUUUGUGAUUACAGAACUGGGCUUAAAUUCUGGCUGUGCAGUUUUGUGCAAGUCACCCAAUCUCUCCGAGACUGCUUUUUUAUCUGUAAAAUGGAAAGAAUAAUACUUACCUUUUGGGGUAUGGGAAGAUUAAAAAUAAUUUAUGUAAUGUUCCUAGCACAGUGCUGGUUAUAGAUCUAUAUUUCAUAAGGAUGUUCUUGAUAUCCUUAUGAAAUAUGAAAAGGCUAUAAAUUCUUCCUCUCGAAGACAAGGAAAUGAAAAAAUACUAGGGACAUAUAAUUCAGCUGUUCAGAAUCAAGCCAAUGUUUUUGCAUCAACUUUUAUCAUUUACAAGUAUAUAAAUAUAUAGAUUAAGGAAAUAGGAACAUAAAACUAUGGAAUAAAAGCACUAUGGACUAUUUUUUUUUUUUGAUGAAUUCCAUGAGGUUUUAGUCAUACCUUGCUGAAUCUUCUUGUAAAAUGUUCAAAUUCUGAUGUACAUUGCUUGAAAAUACCUCAGAGAAAUAAUAUUUAAUGACAGAGUCAAGCAGAGAUUAUGAGAAAUAUCUUUGAAAGAAAUAUAGAAGAAGGUUAAAAAGAGGAUUAGUGAAAAUGUAAUGGGUAACAUGCUGUAAUCGUAUAGUACCCUUUAAAACAGAAAAGUUUAUUCUGAUAAUUGUUAUAAUAAACGGUUAAUGGUUGAAA